AUGCAACCGAGGACGACCCUGCUCGGACUGCUGCUGGCCGUAACAGCACCAUCUACGGGAUUGAUGCAUAUUCCUAGCCUGGCGGUGAUGCCAUCCAUGCAGGCGAAUGUGGUCGCUAUUUUAUUGACAGCGUUUCGGGAACCGUUCGAACCGACUUUGAUACAGCGGAGAGCCUCAUCCGGGGCAGGUGAGCAAUUGCAUGAGGAUUUUAUCGACGGAAUGAUCAAACAGUUGAACGGACUCAUAGCAGUGCAGUUUGACGACGGUCCAGCAGAUGGAACUUUUCUGAGAAGUGUCUUUUUUGUGGACGAAUAUAAAACUUUUCAGCUGUUGUACCAGGAGCUGUUGUUGAAAGAGUACGAAACAUCCGGAAGAUUCCUGAUUGUGCACAGUGACAUUCUGAACGAAACGGUUGUACGAUUGGUGUUCGAUGAUUUGUGGCGACUGCAGAUUGCCAAUGUCGUUUUAGUUGGAAACACUAAUCGCGGAGUACAACUAUGGUCUUAUGUACCAUAUCUGGAAGGACGCUGCGGUAUGGUAAACUUAGUUCAUCUGAAUUCACCCUAUCAGCUGAAUCUAUUGUAUCCAGAUAAAACAAAAUCCUUCCAUCGAUGCAGAUUCUAUGUCGGGUCAUUUGAGACUUGGCCUUUCACCAUCAUGCGAUAUUCGGACAACGAUACGAGAGGAAUGAGCGGCUUUGAAGGCGAUCUACUGGAUGUUCUGAGUAAAAAGUUGAAUUUCGAAACUACCAUCGUCGAACCGGACCACGGUGAACAGUGGGGUUACGCGUUGAAGGAAAACAGCACCGGGCUGGUAGGGAUGAUUCAACGGCAAGAGGUAGAUUUUGGAAUAUCUUGCCUUGGAAUAUCCACAGCUAGGAAUGAAAUCCUAAAAGCCGGAAUCGCGCACUACACAACAGCGUUGGUUCUGGCAGUUCCCAGAGGCCGUCGUUAUACCGCAUUCGAGAAGCUGUUUCUACCAUUUCAACGAAAUGUUUGGUACGCGGUAGUUAUUUUUGUCACGGGGGCUAUCGUUGUGAUUGCGUUAGUCGAAUGUAAAAACGAUAAUGUACAAAAUUUCGUGUAUGGCAAAGAUAUACGCACUCCAUUUCUAAACCUACUGCAAGUAUUCUUAGGAGUAGCAAUGCAUUCAAUCCCAUCACGGAACUUUGCACGAACCCUUCUCUUUAUGUGGAUGUUUCUUAAUUUGGUGUUACGGGCCCUCUACCAAGGGGCAAUGUAUCGCUUCCUUCAGAAGAAAUCAACGUUGCCUCCGUUUCAGACGCUAGCAGAAAUCGAUCAAACUGAAGCUCUGUACUACGUAGUCGAGUCAGCCGAGCGCUACUACGAAGCCGUACCUUCUCGCUUUGUCAGAGUUCGCCACCUGCCUCGGGAGCAUAACAACAUCAUUCGUCGGCUGAAGUGGCUGUUGAGUCAUCCGGAGUCCAAAGACGUAGUGAUGGGGGCUCUGGAUCACAUGGCCUACCACAACCGACUGUACCGAAGGCGAGGUGGCUUCCAACCCAUCUGUCGCGAGUUCAUUUCUACGUACACGGUCGCCAUCUACUAUCCGAAGAGGUCCAUCCUGACACAACAGUUCAACACCCAAAUCCAACACAUUCAAGCUUCCGGACUAAUGAGCUUCUGGGUAACCCAGUACGGAGAUUACGAAUUCUUCCGACGACCGAAGGAAACCACCGGUCCGAAAAGGCUAAACAAUGAGCAUCUUUUUGGGGCGUACGAAAUUGGCGGAAUAAUGCUAACUACCACCGGAGUUGUGUUUGGCUUGGAGCUGGCUUCGAAAAAGGUUAGAGUUCUGAAGCUGCUAUUAGAUAAACUUUGUAACGUUAAUAAUAAAAAACAAUCAUGA